AUGGCCUCAGCUCUUGUUGAAAAUGUUACCAGUUGCGAAAAAGAGAUUGUUCGCCCAGUCGCAAAUUUCUCACCAAGCUUAUGGGGUGAACAGUUUCUCAACUUUGCGUUUGAUUCUGAGUUGACACUAAAACAUUCCAUUGAAAUUGAAGAGUUAAAGAAUGAGGUAAGAAGCAUGCUGAAAGCUCCAGGAAAAGACAUGGUGGAGAUGAUGAAUUUGAUCGAAACACUUGAGCGCUUGGGCGUAUCAUAUCACUUUGAAGAUGAGAUUGAAGAACUACUAGAACGUUUCUUUAAUCUCAACUCAAAUUAUGCAGAUGAGGCCUAUGACCUGUACACCGUUGCACUUCAUUUUCGUUUAUUUAGACAACAUGGCUACCGUAUAUCUUGUGCAGUGUUCGACAAAUUCGUAGACGAGAAUGGAAAAUUCAAAGAGACUAUCAAUAGCGACGCAAGGGGCAUGCUGAGCUUAUACGAAGCUACAUACUUAAGAGUGCAUGGAGAAGAUAUACUAGAAGAUGCCCUUUCUUUCACAACGGAAAACCUCAAAUCCAUGGCACCUCAUUUAAGCUCUACCCUCGGGAAACAAGUAGCCCAUGCCCUCGUGCAAUGCAUCCAUUUUGGGAACCCGAGAAUUGAGGCACACAAUUUUAUCUCCAUGUACCAAGAAGAUGAAUCCAAGAAUGAAGUGCUGUUGAGGUUUGCCAAAUUAGACUACAAUUCAUUGCAAAUGCUGCAUAAAAAGGAGCUAUGCGAGGUCUCAAGGUGGUGGAAGGAAUUGGACCUUGUGUCUAUACUUCCCUAUGCUAGAGAUAGAGCGGUAGAAUGCUUUUUCUGGGCAAUGGGAGUGUAUCAUGAACCUCAAUAUUCAGUUGCUCGAAUCAUGCUCACAAAAACGAUUGCAAUGACAUCAAUAAUAGAUGAUACAUAUGAUUCCUAUGGCACAGUCGAUGAACUAGAAGUUUUUACGGAGGCAAUUCAAAGGUGGGAUAUUAACGAAAUUCAUCGGCUACCGGAGUAUAUCAAACCAUUCUAUAGUGCUCUGUUGAAACUUUACGAGCAAUUUGAUGAAGAACUAUCGAAAGAAGGAAGAUCUUAUGCGAUUUAUUAUGCAAAGGAAGCAUUGAAAGAACUUGUGAGGACUUACUAUGUGGAAGCCAAGUGGUUCAUUGAAGGAUAUUUACCGCCAUUUUCUGAAUACAUGAGCAAUGCCUUAAUCACAUGCACUUACGUUUAUCAUACAACAACAUCAUUGUUGGGGAUGAAAUCUGCCACCAAAGAACAAUUUGAAUGGCUAAGCAACAAACCAAAAAUGCUUGUCUCUAGCCUCAUAAUAUGUCGACUCAUCGAUGAUAUUGCCACCUAUGAGGUUGAGAAGGAAAGGGGACAAAUUGUCACGGGCAUCGAAUCAUACAUGAGAGAGAAUGGUGCUCGAGAAAAGGCGCAUGGAUGCAUAACCAUCUCGCAUGGCAUUAUGUACCCUUAUGGGCCAUUUGCGCAUUCCAUGCAAUUGAAAUCUGUUGGAGAUGCUCCUACUAGUAAUGAUAUUCAUUGGAAGGUUGACCACAUGGAAAAAUUGAUGGUGCUUAUGGGGGCUGGUUUUUCUGUUUCUGGGUCCAAUGACACCAUCAUCAGACCCAUAGGGCACUUUGGGGUUUCUCCUUCAAUUGUGAACCUUCUGUUUGCACAUUCAAAAUCAAAAGAGUUUAUGGGAAAGCCCAUUGAAUUUUCAGAUCAGGAAAUUGUUAGCAAUUGGAAUGCUAUAGCUUGA